AUGGAACGUAAGGAGAGGUUUGUUUCACUCACUAAACGUCAUAAGGAAUAUUCUACGUUGAAUGUUUUACAUCUCAUCUUUAUUCCGUAUAUUUUGCACUUUAAAUUUUCCAUAAAUGCAUGAAACGCAUACAUUUGUAAUGUAUCUACAUCUUUUUAAAAAUUUAUUUCCAGUAUCUAGAUUUGUUUCUGUCGAGAUUAUAUUAUACACAUAUGUAUUUAUUCAUAAAAAGAAUAUUCAGUUCACACAUAACAUCGAAUUAUAAAUCUUUCAUUAGAAUUAUCAACUGAAAUAGAAACUUUGGAGAAACAGCAAAGAUUUAUGGUGUAAAAAAGAACACGAGUUUUCAUUUAGAUAUUCUACGAAAGGUGAUAGAGAUUUUAUUUUUUUAAAGGUAUUUAAAGGUUUUAUUUCGUUCAAAUUUUGGAUAUGUCAAAUUUCUAUAAAAGAAUUACAAAUUUAUCAUUUACUACACAGUCGUUUUACACACUAUUUCAAACCAAAAAAAAAAAAGGGGGAAGAAACUCUCCUUUUCCCGUUUUCGAAAGAAGAAUCGCCACGUGUUACCGCGUCCAUUGUCAUUCACGAUACUACUUGCCAACAGCCGCGUAAUCGAUGGCACAGUUCAGCAAUAAAACGCGCAGUGACGCGCGAUUCUAUCGCGGCGACGUACGGCGACGCAUAAAUCUGUCGCGAAAAAAGAAAUCGAGCCGCGUGCCGGCCAAUCUCGAUCGGUAAUUUUACUUCGUGAGCGGCACUAACGCAGUCCGAUUGUCCCCGCGGCUCGUGCAACAGCCGACGUUUCCGGCACUCGGCCCGCUUUUCGAUCACCUCCGAUCGAUCGAUCGAUCGUCGUCGUCUUCGCGUAACGGUGCCACGGAUAAAUGCAUCCAACAGCGAGCUCACAGGCAGCUCGAGAAAGAGAGGAUUGAUCGGCAACGAUUUACGAUUUCCAGGGUGACAUUGGCGCCUACCGAUCCAGAGCUAACGUCGGCAUCGCCGCCGGUGCUUUUGCAAGAACAGGCAGCGGUCUUCCGAGUUGCAGGAACCAGAGCUACUCGUCGUCCAUUGGUUCCGGUUCCAGCCGAAUGCAUGGCAAGGACAGAGUUUCCGGGUUUGGAAACGCUUUCCUGAAGAAAGACAAGGAGGAGAAAUCUACAUUUAAAUAUUCCAGUAACAGGGACACGGACAAAGGCAGGCUGCAUCCGAGUAGGUCGUCGACAGAGGACGCAGGGUCGAAAAGUCCAUUAUCGAGCAGCAGAUCCUCUCUGUUCGAGAAGUACUCGUUUCCAGCUACUAAAACUUCAGAGAGGCCCGCCUCCGUUUUGGACAGAUAUAACCGUGCCACUUCCCGCGAGAAGAGCAGAGAGCCCGACGGUGUAUCGCGAUACGGAUCCAACACGUAUCCCGGAUCGAGUUUGGCCCGAACUUAUGGAAACGAAAGUAGAAUCGAGAAGAAAGAGAGGGCCGAUCAUCCGCCGGUCUCCUACCGUGGAUUACGGCCGAACUCCGGCAGAAGUUCCCGCGAACCUAGCCCGGAAGUCAACGUCGGAAAAUCAAACUCCUUCAGAAUGUAUUCCAGAGCCCCCUCUUACGGUCGAUCCAGUGUCACUUCUAGUGCCUCGGAAUCGAGCUCGGCGCCAAUCUCCUCGAGAUUCGGCUCGACAGCUGGCAGCAGGUUUCUUUCGUCAAGGAGCAGCAACGAUCGAGUUCCGGCAGCCAUAAGCUACUCCGGAUCGGACAGGUUCCGAACUUCAGGUAGUAAGCCUACGCCGGCAAAUUUAAAGGACGAAGAAACCGCCAAGUCUAACCUGGAGAAAAAAACCGCUCCAGAAACGUAUUCCGUAAACGCUGCUGUAAAGUCCGAGGAAUUGAAAGUCGACAACAGACUUCAGAACAAUGAGACCGUUAUGAUGGUGACGAGAGGUACGUCGCCCAGUCCGCCGGCUUCCUCGUCCUUUGUGAGGAGCAGAAGGGCCGACAUGGGCAUUGCGAAUCAAAGGGAAGUGACGCGAGUUCGAAAGAAAACGGAGACCAAGGACCAGGAGGUUCAAAGCGAGAGACCCGACGAUAAUUCCAGAUUCUCACGAUACGGUGGCGGCGGACGAAUCUCUGGGGCUCCGUGGUCCGCGUAUUUGGACAAAUUUUCCUCGAAUUCCAGCGGAAGCGGCGUGUACGGCAGAGGCUUUAACGGCGGUGCGGCCAACCCCAGAGUAAAUAGUUUCGCGUUCUCCAGGUCGAACGACGCCUCGAGAAACGACUCGACUUCGAAAGUAUCGCCGAGUUCCAGCCAGGAGAUCCACGGGACUAGGAUCCAGAACGAGCAGAGUACCAAAGUGUUCGGUAGUUUGGGUAUUGCAGCGGCGAAAACCGACUCGAAAGCGUCUGCGAGUAAUGACCCGGGGAAUUCGAAAAAGGAUCAAACGGAGGUUAAAGCGCAGAACGGCGAGAUUCGCUCGUGCAUCGCUGGCAAGACCGAAUGCAAAACCAGUCGUUUAGCGAGCCCUUCGGCCUUGAAGAGAGACGACUCUCUGUCGCAGCAAGCUGGUGUAAGUGCCAAGUCGCCAGACUCUCGCGAAAGCGCUUCGAAAUGCGAGGAACAACACAAUAGCAGGGAAAGUUCAAUAUCGAGGAGCGAGGAUAGCGGUCAGAAGAGACCGUCGAUACCGAGAUUAGGUCGUGUCGCGACGAAGAACGAGACCAAGAUUACCAAGUCAUCGUCGUCGUCGAGUUCGUCGACUAGGUCUGAUGGAUCGAUGGAGAGGAGAAGCUCGACGCCGAAGUCCGAUACCAGUUCGUUGUCGAAGCUUGAUGAAUCUUCUAGGAUAGUCGAGGGACACUGUCACGAACAGAACAAAGAAGUCUCCACGUCUAAAAGCGAUGGCGUCUCCUCUGCGAAAGAUUCCUUUCAAAGCAACUCGCCUCACAGCCGAUCAACGACAUCGCAGUCGCGGAGCGGCUCAGCGAAAAAUCUCAGCCGACAAGCGACGCGAACCGAUUCGUCGGACGGGCCCGCUGUAAAUGUGCCAAUUGGCAGAUCGAAAUCGUCGUCGGCCAGUUCGGUGACGAGUCAGGGUGCAAAAAUAAAGGCGACGCCGCCGCCAUCGCCGGGCAGAUCUUCCGCGUCGUGCUCGAGCGCCUCGUCAGUGAAUCUGAGACAGGGCGGAUCACCGGAUGCUCGUGGGAAACCACCUGUGCCGAAGAGCGACGCCGCGUCGGCGAACGCGUCUAAGAGCGUUGUGCCAGUGAAGUACGUGAACAAGGAUUUCCGCAAGUCGACGUUGAACAUGGAGAACGGUGACCCGUCGCAGUCCAAGUACAGCAGGAAGAAGAAAAGUCAACGAAGCGUGUCCGCCAGUUCUCAGGAUUCGCAAUCCGAACCGAACUCCGAAUCGAAUAUCCAUCGUUCGGCUAUCCCGUCGGAAUCUAGCUCAAGUUCCGUGAAAUCGAAUAGAUCACGACUGAGGAUGCCGUCGUCCAGUAGUACGUCUUCGAAGAGCGUCGGCAGGAAAAGCGAGACAACGAGCGGUUCGUCGAGGCUAGUAAAAUCAAGGAGCAGCUCGGAAUCGCCUUCCGAAAAGAAAAGCAGACGCGGCGAAACGUCGAGCUCCAGCGGAGAGAGCGAGUCGAACUCUUCGAACUCGUCGAGCAGUGAGGAAGAGGAGAUGGAGGAGGAGGAAGAGAAGGAGGAGGACGAUAACAAACAGACGAGACCCGGAUCGAGGCGUCGUAAGAGGAGAACGUCAAAGUCGCCUUUCUGCGAGAAGAAAGGGAAGAUGAGCGCCGGAUCGUCGAGGACGAGCGUGCUGGCGUCGUCCACCGACGAGAUGUCUUUAACGAUGGAGAAACCGCCGAGACCGCCGUCCAGUCCGAGAUCGAGGAGCGAUCGGGAGCGUUCAGGAAAAACGGAGGAGGCUAAAUCGUUCUUGAUGAGAGCCCUUGCGCCGGUGACGAAUCUCUUCAAGAAUAAGCAUCAGGAUUCCAGCGAGUCGGGUAAAUCAGGUGGUUGGCUAGAUUCCAACGAGGAGAGCACGGACGCGAGGAAGCCAGAACAGAACGGCGGCGGGACGACGACGUCUUUAUCGAGGAGUCUAUCAAAGAGCUUCAGUUUCACGAACUCGGAGAAGAACGACGACAGGAGACAGUCAAGCGCGAGGGUCAGACGGAAUUUUUCCGGGGAACAGCCAUGGUGGAUGGAUUCGAACACCGACAAUGUCCCCGACGGUGUCGAAACGGGUAGCCUGUGCAACGACGAGAUCAGUCAAGAAACGACCGUCAGUAAUACCUUACCUGACGAUGGUAAGUUGGCAUUUUCAACUUUAGAUCACGAACAGGUUUUUCACUUCGAAACAGUGAAUUCUUUCGAUACGAGACUGUGGAGACAAGAAUCGGAGGAACGAGCCUGGUGGUUAGACUCGAACGACAGCGGGGCCUCGGAGGACGCGAGGAAACAGUCGGCGACGAUCUCGAGACAAGAAUCGGGGGAGAAGGCUUGGUGGCUAGAUUCCAACGAUAGCACUGUGUCUGAAGAAACGAAGAGACAAUCUUCCUCGGCUGUUUCGAGGCACGACUCCGGCGACAGGGCUCGCUGGUUAGACGGAAACGACAGCGUAAUUUCCGAGGAAGCUAAAAAAUCGCCGCGAUCGGCCGUGUGGAGGCAGGAAUCGGGGGAGAGGGCAUGGUGGUUGGAUGGAAACGAUAAUGCUCCGUCGGACGAAUCGAAGAGACAAUCGUCCAUGGCGUCCGCCGUUUCGAAACGAGAAUCCAGCCGUUCGAGCACUCGUUCCAACGAACGAAGGAAUCGACUCAGGCAUCAGCAGUCUGGCGAACAGCCAUGGUGGAUGAACGACAAUCCUGAAAACGUACCCGCAGGAGUCGAAGUCUUCCCUGUCGCCGCAACUCCCACGCAGAAUAGCAACAGUUACAACGACGAGGUGGACGACGGUCAAUCGUACAGCAGAUGUACGAGCAAUGUCAGGCAUAUCGAGUCUGGUGAGAAGCCGUGGUGGAUGGACAGCUCGUCGAACGUUCCUGAUGGUGUCGUUAAGAUUCCCGUGGAAACAUCGAACAGCACCAGCGACUCGUCCGAAUCGUUCGAGACGAUCGAUAUCGGCGUUAACCCUGAACCUGAGAUAUACGCGAAGAGAAGCCUUUCUAGAUUCCCUAUCGAGUUUCCGCCACCUCCGCCCGACGAGCCGCUCGGGGAUCGCGCCAGUCCCGAAGGGGUGGAAAAUCCUCCAGAUCCGCCUGAUAAUUAUGGAGGACGCGACUCGCCCUACGAUAAUGUACAACCAACACUUCGAAGAUCGUCACCAAGGAAACGUCCCUCCACAUUACCGUUGUUCAUCGGCGAACAUACCAACAUCGACGACCUGCUGGGCGACACGACCACCUUGUGUCCAACUCCUGUCUUGUCUCGCAUCCGUAAACGCGAACGCAUCGGCGAAGUUAGAUCUGUCAUCGUUUAUAUAGAUUCGGCAGAGGACAGUUCGGAAUGUGAAGAGAUCGAUGCCACUCAAGUGAUCAUCCACGACAGCACUCCGCAGACACCAGUGAUACAACGACGACAUCGGGUGUCCUUUGUACACGAGAUGGAAUAGGGAGGGGGUUGACCGCGUGGCGGCGCCACCGUCGCCUCAGUGGCGACAGGUGUCCGCGGCGUUCAGUGUCGCGGCGGCCGCUCGCGAGAGUAGAAGGACUGUGCGCGCGACGCGAAACAAGCUUGUGUGUUGCCUUCUUUGGAUCCUGGGGGAAAAAAAGGGCCUUAUCGGACAACAAUCGGCCGUUGCGGCCGAGAUACAGAGGGGCCGCGAGAUGUCUCUUACCUGUCGAGUCCAGUAUCUGAAUGACGUGGAUCCGUUCGCCUAUGCGAGCUCCUAUCCGGAGCCACCUAGGCCGCCUGUGCACACCUUCAGCGCGACCUUGCCACUAAUUAACCAGCUCGCAGCGGUGCAUCGACUUCUACGGGCGCCUCACAGGGUGAGUUCAUCUUUCUCGCUUAGGUUCACGACAAGCGUUCCUCUUAAUUCAUCGUUUAUCGAGAGGAUCGCGAGCGAGGGCCAGUUAAUGCCCCGUCAGCAGCCUACGGCGCUGCUUUGCGCGCCCUUUCUAUCGCCAAAGUAUAAUCAAUAG